CAAUUAUGUCGCGUAGAUCAUAGACUUUAAUUAACAAUGUUCAAAAGAAUCGGCAUUAUAGUAUAAAAUAAAUGAUAAAAGAAGAGAUUUCUAAACAUAAAAGUGAAAUAUGAAUGAUAUAGUCCAAAUAUUUCAUAAAGUAGAUAUAAGAGAGUCUUCCAGCGAGAGUGGAAGUAAUGUUUCAUCAAGUGAAGAAGAAUCUGAUCAAGAGGCAAACCCCAGUUUUCCAAUUGCAAUGUGGGAUUUUAAUCAGUGCGAUCCUAAAAAAUGUUCGGGUAGAAAAUUGGCCAGGAUGAAUUUAGUUAAAUGUCUUAAACAGAAACAACGUUUUCAUGGAAUUGUAUUAACACCUACUGGAGAAAAAUGUGUAAGCCCGGAAGAUCGAGGGAUAGUUGAAACUAAGGGAAUUGGUGUAGUAGAUUGUUCUUGGGCUAGAAUUGACGAAACUCCAAUAACGGCACUGAAACCUGCCCAUGGAAGACUUCUUCCAUUUUUAGUGGCUUCAAAUCCCAUUAAUUAUGGUAAACCAUGCCAGUUGAGCUGUGUAGAAGCUAUUGCAGCUACUAUGUAUAUAACUGGAUUUAAAGCAGAAGCUAGAUUUUAUAUGAAUAAAUUUUCUUGGGGUCACUCAUUUGAGGAAUUAAAUAAAGAGUUAUUAGAUAUUUAUGCUUCUUGUACCGACAGUAAAUCUGUUGUGGAAGCUCAACAUGAGUACAUAAAAAAAGAACAGAUGAAGCAGGAGGAGGAUAAAAGAAUGCAACCAGAUUUUCCAAGCUCCAGUGAUUCAAGUGAUACAGAAUGAUGUUUGAAAUGUAUUUGUAUUUGUACAUAGUGUUGAGAUAUAACUUGAUAUAUUUUUUAAAUUGUCCAUAACAUCAAAUAUUUAUCGAUUAAAAAGGAAAGAAAAAUAAAAUCAUUAUAUUUCUGUAUAAAAAAUGUAUUAUUACAAUUAUAUUUACAAAACAGUAUUUAUUUAAAGCUGUAAAAUAAAUAUAGUAAUAAAUUUGCUAAUUCUAUAA